AUGACACAGUAUCAAAACCAAUCAAUUCUUAUUUCAAACUUACUUACGGACAUCGGAUACGGUAAACAAAUGAUAGCAUUUAGAAGGAAAAUAUAUAAAGAUAUUACCGCAGAGAAUUACAACAAUGAGAUCCAUUCUGGACUUUCAAUCAACAGAUUUGUAGUUGGGAGUAAGGCUGAGGGUGUGACAGCUCCAUUAGAGAAUGAUCUAGAUGUAAUGGAAGUUUUACCUGACGCAGUCUGCAAAGAACAUUCUAACUUGGUAGCACAUGAAGAACAACACCAAUUCAAACUUGUUUUGGAACACUCGCGUCCUGGUUAUUCUUUACUAAGAACUGUUAUCAUUUGUAACAGACUUCCAACAGCCACAUUAUUUUACGAAUCCAUGGUUGAACUAGCUCCAAAUAGCUUAUAUCUUUCUAGUGAUUUUUUGAAAAAUAAAAUGAAAAAUUUAAGGAUUGAAAUUAGUCGUUUGCCUGGAAAUCAAGAAUAUAUUAAUGUGAAAGAAGAAACUCAAGGUCCCUCAGUAGUAUCAAACCGUUUGGCAUUAACUUCGGAAGACGAUGUGAUGGCUCUUAAAUGUGAGUGUCCUGGUUACUUAAGCUCAUGGAUAUGUAGAAGCAGAAAUUAUCAGUGGCCGCCUGCUGCAGUCAUAAGAGAAGUUUCAAGUUUAGAUUCACACGUGGUUCCCGUAGGACAUACGGCUAGCUUUUUUCAAUUCUUAGAAUGGAGAAUAUGUUUCACAAAAGGUGAAAUAAAAUUGGUUCAUAGUUUGAAUGAUUGCCUUACAAAAGUUUUUAUAUUGCUAAAACAAAUUCCUAAAGUCACUUUGAAACCUCUAAGUAAAGAUAUGUCUACAUAUCUUAUGAAGAAUGUAGUAUUCUGGUUAGCUGAACUUAAUGACUAUAAUUAUUUUACCCAGCAUGCAUUAUUAAUAGCACUUAAAAAGGCACUUGCCUACCUGAAACAUUUUGUUGUCACGAACAAUUUUCCAAGCUAUAUGAUUCCACAAAGAAAUUUGCUCGAAGGCAAACUAACACACUCUCAACGAAUCAAAAUUUGUAUGAGAAUAGACUCUCUUCUGAAGGAAGGACCAUACAUUGUCUUAAAAAUUGCAAAGAUCCGGACUGCUUUCUCAAUUUUGUACAGGUCUCCAACAGAAUUUAAUCGAGUUUCAAAGAAUCUUCAUGAGAUACAAAUUAUCAUACAUUUUAUUGAUUACAUUCACCUCUCUGUUCAACAAAUACCAAGAACAUUCGGAGAAAUGAUGAGAAUCAUGUUAACAAAUAGAAAAUUGAGGUUUUUGCUUGUUAGACUGCAUUUGCACAUGUGUGAUAUUAAUAACGAAACAUUAAGUUACGAAGACAUAGAAGAGUUGUAUAAUACUUUGAAUAUUCCUGAAAGUAUUGAUUGUGAUAUCCAAAAUGAUGAAAAAAUGCUUCAAUUAGUGUCAUAUCUGACGUAA